AGUUAUGUGAAAUGCCCGAGGAGGAUGAUGAUGACGAGGAGUCGGAGACGUCGCGAGCUGAUGCGCUGGCGCAGCGCCUGCAGACCGCCACCAGGGACAUUGGCUUGAAGAUGCAAUAUCAACCUCUUAUUAAACAUUACGAAGAAACUUUAGAGUGGCUAUCAACCGAUAUGCCUUCACGCGCUGUAUACAAGCGCGGGGUGAGCAGCUUGGCGCAGGCCACCGCGCUGGCUGUGGAGACGUACCACAAGACGGCGGAGAUGCUGCUGGUGAAGACGCGAAGGUCUACUGCUGAUGAAGCUGAUGCUCUCACACA